GAAAUGGAGAAGGUGGCACCACCCCUCUUCUGAAGCAAUCUUACCCUUCCCUUUCUCAACGGGCGAAAAGCAGGUGAUCUGAUAAGAUGUUGUAGUUUUAAGCACUCUGCUGAGAAAAGAACAUCCCAUCGGUCAGUAACCAGAGGCCUCCUACAGAUAUAGCAGCAGCACUGCCGUGUCUUCAGCACUUCUUCCAGAGUCACACAUACUCUCACUUCAGUUUGUUUGGGCCACAAGAUUCAAAAUGUCUGAUUCCACCUCUAUUAUGGAGUUUAGCGGGACACAUCAAGCCUUCAGAGACCGCUGGGCGAAGACGGAUGAUGAGAUGUGCAAGCACAGCAUGUCUUUCCACCUGCACAAAACUUUGAGGAAGGAGUUCUUUGCCAGCUACCUGUAUCUUCUGGAGCAGAUUCCUCUGGUGAAACUCUAUGCCUUGACCUGUGAGUACAUUAAAGGGGAGAAGCAGUUUUACUACAGAGCACAGAACUUCUACAAGGACGUGCCGCCAUCAGAAGAGGGCAUGAUGGGAGAUUUUGUGGAAAUAUCAGACAUUGACCUUGAAGGCUCAAGACAGUUCCUGAAGAAGUUUGUUGGUCCAGGAAAGGCUGGCACCAAGCUUGCCUUAGACUGCGGCUGUGGAAUCGGCAGAGUGUCUAAAGGGGUUCUGUUCCCUGUGUUUGAAUCAAUGGAGAUGUUAGACAUGAUGGAGGAGUUCAUCCUCCAUGCUCACGAGUGUUACCUUGGGGAUUAUGCAGACCGGGUGGAGUCCUACUACCUGUACAAUCUGCAGGACUUCACUCCCUCCAGAAAGAAAUACGAUGUCAUCUGGAUGCAGUGGGUCGCCUGUCAUCUAACUGAUAAAGACCUGAUGGAGUUUUUAAUGCGUGCAAAAGAAAGCCUGAGGCCCAAUGGUGUGAUCAUCAUGAAGGACAAUAUGGCGCGGCAGGGCUGCAAGCUGGACCCCAUUGACAGCAGCAUCAUUCGCCACUUGGACAUCAUGAAAGGCAUUAUUCAGAGAGCCGGCCUCAACAUCCUGGAUGUGGAAAAGCAGGAAGGCUUUCCUGAGGCCAUUGUUCCUGUAUGGAUGAUCGCCAUGCGCUGAACGAAGCAUGUAGGUUUAGAAGAAGCAGAGAAAGUUUAUAUAUGUACUUAUGUAUAGUAUUACAUAGGAUGUUUUAUUCCAUUUUUUAUGUUUUUCAAGUAGCAUUCUGACUGCUUUCACUGUAUAUUCUCAACUCAACCGUAAUUGCUCUCAAAAAAGUACAAGAGCUGUCACUAAGCAAAUUUUUACUUACCAGUGUUAAGUCACUUCAAAAAAAGUAUUGAAUUAUUGAUUACAUCAUUACAAUUGUCUGAAAGUAAUUAUUACUAGUAACUACUCAAUAAGUAUUUUAUUACUUGACUCUGUAGUUACUUAACAUCUAGAGAAGUGCUCAAGUAAAAGUACAAAUAAUCCCUUCAAAAAAUACUUUAAAGUACUUAAGUUUUACCCAGUGAGAUUAAUUCAAUUAACAGUUACUACUGAAUAAAAUCAGAGAUCUCCGCAAAAACUAACUUUCAGCAAAACUAAUUUUUACCUUUCUGAAAUACUUUAUAUAAUAAAGGCGAUGAAUUUUUAUUAAACAAAAGCACAUAAAACAAUCAUUUUGUUAGUUUACAUAAU